CCACUUUACGAAGGUUGAAUUCAUUUCAUAGCGUUUUUUUCUUGAAUUGUUUAUUUUUGACGCUGGAUAUUUAAUGUUAUUAAAUUUCAAAGCAUUCAACCUUCUCUGUGUUAUUUUUCUUCCAAAGUGGCCUAUAGUUGCUGAAGGAAUAUGAAGCAUUGGCUAUGGAUAAUGCUUGAAUUAACAUCUUGAAUUUGAUUGAAUGUUUUGAAAUUUUGAAUCUGUCUGAGAACUACAAAUUUUAUUGGAUUAUAUAUUGGUUAUUCUGGUGGUCGGCCAUUAUUGGAAGAAAUGUUAAAAGCAAAAUAUCCCUUGCAAGCUCCACAUCCCAAAGCUCUGUCAUUUUCUGCGGGUGAUAGGUUUUUGCCGCUUCAUUCUCCAAAUAAGGAGAAAGAAUGGUGGCUUGUGCUAUCCAAAGAUGCAGAAGUUGGAUACAUUCCAAUGAACUAUGUGUUAUACCUUCCAGCCACGACUGCAGACAUCACUGGUUUCCUGCAGCGGGGCAGCGACCGGCUGGCGUCCAGCAGCCUCUCAGAUGACCAGCAGGCCGUCCAGCGGCGGCGGCUGGCGCAGCUCGCGCAGCGGUACCGCGCGCGCGACACGGCCGGCGACCAGCUGUACCGGCUGGAGGAGCCGGCCGCGCGACCCGUCUCCUCGCUCAGCCUCUUCCCAGAUGACGAGAGCAGUACGACCGAGCACGUGCAGACGAACGGCGAUGACCGUGAGGCGACUCCGGUCCCGGAGCCGGAGCGGGAGCCGGAGCCGGAGCGGCCGCUGCCGGCGGCGUUCGGUCGCAGUCUGGUGGACCUGGUGCGGCAGCACACCUCAGCCAGCCACCAGGCCUGCCAGGCUACCGUCCAGGCGCUGAUGGGGGCUCUCAAACAGGCGGCGCCCUCCGUACAGCCGGUGGCGGACCAGGUGCUCUCGCAGCUCAGCUCGGCGGACCGGGACGCCGCGGAGCUGCUCAGCUCUCCGGACGGCCGCCGGCUGCGCGUCAUCCUGGAGGAGAUGACCAGCUGCGCCGACGACCAGCAGCAGCGCAGCUGGCAGCUGCACUGCGACGAGCCGGCCAUCAUCGAGUACCUGCAGGAGCUCAGCACCAUUCUGACAAACGCGGACCCGUGCGUGUCUCGUCGGGCGCUCGAGUCGGACCAGAUGUCGGGGGUGCUGGCGCUGGCCCGGCUGUACCAGAUGGAGCCGCGCUGGCUGAUCCGUCAGCCGCUGACGCAGGCGCUGGGAUUGGCGUGCGGCCUGCACCGCGACUGUAUCAGCCUGCUGCUCAGCUCCGUGCUGCCCUCGGAACUGGCCAGGGAUAUGCAGAGUUCGGUCACGGACGAUAUCCGGCUGAGCCACUCUGCCCUACUGCUCUCUAUGAUUCUCUGCAUGGGAGAGAAACUGCCUCACUGUCACAUGGAGAUGCUGGGCGCCGGUUUCGUGUCGUUCCUGCUGGAGACGCUGGAGCGGCCGCCGCCGGAGGUCUCUGACGACACGGCGGACCUGCUGCUGACGGUGCUGCUGGCGCUGAACCUGCAGUACGGCUCGCCGACCGAGAACCAGCUGCUGGCCGCGCUCCGGCAGCGAGACUGCGCCAGGGUCUUCACUGAGAAGGUCAUGCUGCUCUUCAACAGAGAGGAGGACCCGGUGCGCGUGUUUGACCACGAGCCGGCGCCGGCCCACUCGGUGGUCAAACUGAUGGUGGAUCUGUUCUCGGAGCCGGCCAGCACGCGGCUCUUCUACACCAACGACGUGCGGGUGCUGGUGGACAUCGUGGUGCGCAACCUGGCCGACCUGUCGCCCGGCGAUCCGCGACGUCACGAGUACCUGCGUCUGUGCGGCCGGCUGCUGGCCUCGGAGGGGUACAGCGAGUACGGCCACCGCUGCGCCGACAUCCUGAUCUGCCUGCGGAGGAUAGCCACGGAGGGGGAGAUGGACGGGGACGAGACACAGCCGCGGGACCGGCAGCUGGCGACCACCACACUGGCGCUGCACGGGGAGAUGCUGGAGGCGCUCUGAGAGGGGGGAGGGGAGGGACACUGGCGACCACCACACUGGCGCUGCACGAGGAGAUGUUGGAGGCGCUCUGAGAGGGGGAGAGGGAAAGGUGAGAGUUUUAGGGAUGGGAGGGAGGAGAGGAUCGAUGGAGAGAGGCUGGGUGGAAAGAUGGGCUGGAGAGACGCGAUAUAAGGAAGAUGGACGCGGAGCGGGAAGGCAGUGAAGUAGCCUGCUGUCAUAGUGGGGUGAUAUGUUUCGUUCUCGUGAACGUUAGUCAUAAUUGGUCGGGUUUAGAGCCUGGUAAAGUCGAGACUAGUCUAAGGUGCAGCCAAAAGAAGAGGCAGUUUGGAAGGGAUGCUUUGUGCGAGUUUGGAAACCAAGAGCUUCUUCGCUGUGUUAGGAUGGCAGGCGCUUGGUCAAAAGACAGGGUCAGCUGUCAGGACGGUGUCACGCCAAGAAAUGACUGAUCUCUGUAGGAUCUGAGACUGAGGGCGCAGUGCAGGGAGUGACUGCCUUCCAGAGUGGCAAACGGGGAGGGUGAGCAGUGGGCUCCCCGAGCCGGGAUAGGAUAAGACGUUGGCGCCGUUUAGUGAUCCAAGUAGAAGGUAGUGAUGCAGUGUUUAUUGUUAGAAUUGUCUUGAACGGAUUCUGUAGGUUUGUUGUUCUGAAGUUCAAAAGCCUUUCGGGAUUGAUCUUGUACCCAGUCAAGAUCGCUAAGGAAGAAACCGGCUGGACGGACAGCUCGGUGUGAAGUUGUUUCAGAGGUCUUGUUGGCAUAAGGAACAUUGUCGUAGUCCGUGGCAGACGGAGCCGCAUUUCGUCCUUUGGUCGGCCAUGUCACGGUCUGGCGAUAUUACGGUGCUCUGGAGCGUAUGUGGGGGCGUUUAUUAGUCCCAUGACGGCGGUAUAUUUACGUUGGUGUUCAGCGUCACUGGGACGCACGGAUUCGGUGAUUCAUCAGACCGUGGCCAUGAGUUGUCUGUGGACUUGUCUGGUCAGACUGAGCAGACUUCCAGAGAACAGCGGCAUACCAAAUUUGUAAUCAGUCUACCGCCCAGUAUUCCAAAUGUGACACCGAUCAGGGUUCCGAUUUCUGCCAGCAAUGUGUGCGUAGUUUCAUCAGUGAGCCUUUUAGCCGGGUGUGGGCCAACCUAAUGUGUGAUCUUACUCUUAUCCAUACGCUCCUUUUGACAAUCAUCCCGCCGUCUCCUCUGAGGAACCGGAUGCGAGGAGCUUCAUCGUGUAUCUACGGGCGUUAUUAAAGGGACACUCCCACCUUAACAUUAGUUUUGAGUU